AUGGGGGAAUGCGCGACUGUUCGGCUGUGUCUACCGUCUCUCGCCGACGAUGACCCCCUCUUCUCGAAAAAGAUGGUUCCUCUUUUCCUCUCUCUCUCUCCCUCCCUCCCAACAUCCCUCUACAUAUGCCUUUUUGUUGAGAUUGGGGGAGGUUUAUCGUGUGUAACUCGCCUUGCAGAAGCUGCUCUCGGCAAGGAACCUAAGUUCGGAGCUCCAGUUGAGGCAGGGUUUAACCAAGGAAGAGGUGCUCAUUGGACUGGGUCGGCUGGUCCAGUGUGCUAGAAUUCUUCUUUUGGAUGAGGUGAGAUGAUUGCUCUCAAUCUUCUUCCUAUCCCGUUUCUGUUGCCAGAGGGCUGAUGACUGUGGUCAUCGGUGUCUGGCCUUUUGGAGGCGAUGAAUGAUACUUUUAUUGAUUAAUACGUGCAGGUAGAGAUCUACUUCGUGGAGGGCGAUGACUCUGGUCCUUUUAGCCCGAGAAACGAGAUCGAGUCUCUCAAUUUGGUUCUCUCGGCAAUAGACGAUUCUUUUGAAGGUACCCUUGGCGUCGCGGUGGAAGUAUUAAAAUUUUUGAAGGAGGCUACCCUCGAAAUGAUCGGCAAGAUUGGGGCUCAAUGUACCGACUACGUGAUCAGUGAGGAGUCUAAUUCUACUGUCGAAGAGUUGCUGAUUAAAUGGGGAAAGGAGCAGGGUGUAAAGACGAAACUAAGGAUAUUUCGUGAGUCCCCUCGCACGUUUCAACUGGUCCAUUGAAUUUUCCUUGAUGCUUUCUUGAUCAUUCAUUUGUCGAUCAUUGAUUUUUCUAUCCAACGACAUGAUAUUUUUCGAUGACCUCAUUAAACAUUCCUUAUUUGUUUCUAAAACGUCCAUAUAUUUUCUAUCAUUUUCAUUAAAUAUUGUCUGUUGUAGAUUUCGAAGGAGCUGGACGAGGAGCAGUGGCAUCACGCGAUCUUGAUGUUGGGGAUAUCGCAUUGGAGAUCCCUGCUUCUCUCAUUAUCUGUGAGGAGCUGGUUUAUGAAUCUGAGAUGGUAAUCCUCUGGAGUCAUGCCUGCAGCUGUCGGUGUGAAUUAAUUCAACUUCUUUCCAAUGAUAAAUCUUAGAGACCUUUCUUUGGUUUAAAUAUCAUAGCAUGCCUUCGUAUGACAAAUACCUACUGUUAAAUCUUCUGACAACUGUAAUGCUUCCUUGAAAACAUUGCCUUAGUUACAUACAUGUUUUUUUUUUUCGGUCGAAUGAUUCAUAGAUUCUCAUUUCUCUCCUUCCUUGUGCUUCAUAUUGUUGCCGCAUCAUUAGGCUCGAAAGCCAUUUUUCGAAAUUAAUGUAUUGUCUUCUUUUUAGUAAUUAAAAACUCAAUCAGCGAAGAUAUGCUCUCACUUUUGGAAACAUUUGCGCUGUAAAUUUAAAAUUUAGCUAACUUAUACUUAACGUGGAGGCUAUGUCCUUUCACAAAGCAGAUAAAAAGGAUUGAUCAUUUCGAUAUUGUAUGCAGAUUUAGUUGAUUCAUUGACAGGACAAAUACGUUCAGAGAGUAAGAUUUUUCUUCACUUGAAGUAGGGCCAUCAUCAAGAGAAUGUCGAGUCUUUACCUUGGAAACCAGAAGGAUUUGAGACCCCUUGAUUCGUUUUCCUUGGCGGAAGGAAAUUACACAACUGAUUCAUAUUUCCUUUUUUGUGAUAAAAUCUUGACAUGUUCAAAAAUUGAUUUAAGAUAGAAGUGUUCAUAACCAUCUGGUUUGUUGCAACUAAGGGCGUGAAGAGUUUUACGAUUAUAGUUUUCUGUCCCCAACCUGAUCUAUAUAUAUAUAUAUAUAUAUAUAUUGGAUUGUGCCUCUAUCCUCCGAGUGCUCAUGCCAGAUGUUGAGUAAUGCUUCAAUUAUCAACACAUUAACUUCUCUCGCCACUUGGGUAUCCUGUAGUUUGGCAUACUAAAGAACUUGGACGGCAUCUCUUCUGAAACAAUGAUGUUAUUGUGGACCAUGAAGGAGAGGCACAAUCCAGAUUCGAGAUUCAAGGUCUACUUUGAUACGCUUCCCACGGAAUUUAGAACAGGUGAUGGUAUAAACUCGGCCAUUUAUAUCCUCUUAUGAACGAUCGAUCUUUUCUUAAUCCCCAAAGAGAGUCGUGUGUAUUUCUUCGUCUCAGUGGCGAAUAUUCUCUCAUCUUUACUAUGUUUGGAAGCUAAACGACACAAAUAACUCGUUCAUAAGAUCAUUCGAGUUUUUUUUUUUUUCCGCCGAAAAUAUUUGGUAGUAAUCCCAUUCGCAUUUAACACAUUAGAGAUUGCCCUUUUAACCUUACAGGAUUGAGCUUUGGAAUCCACGCUCUUGCUGCAUUAGAGGGAACCAUGCUCUUCGAGGAACUAGUUCAGGCAAAAGAGGUUGACCCGGCCCCCCCCUCUCUCUCUCUCUAUCUGUGUUCUCACAUCGGGGGAUUCUCUCUGCUCAUCUUCUUCCAUCUCUGUCUUUCAGCACUUGCGCCACCAAUACGAUGCAUUAUGCCCCGCAUUAUGCGCUGAUCAUCCCAAUGUUUUUCAAUCAGACAUGUAUACAUGGGAUCAGUUCGUCUGGGCAUGUGAGCUCUGGUACUCAAACAGCAUGAAAAUCGUAUUCUCUGAUGGCAAGCUGAGGACUUGCUUGGUUCCCAUCGCGGGCUUCCUCAAUCACUCGGUACAUGCCAUCUUACUCACUAGCAAGUGGAUGACUAUUUACGUUGGUUUUAGGCUCCCCAAUUCAGAAUCCUUCCUGCUCUGCAGCUCUACCCUCACGUGACCCGAUAUGGAAAGGUUGACCCGGCAUCGGAUUCUCUGAGACUGAUCUUAUCGAGACCAUGCGACAGAGGGGAGCAGUGCUUUCUCAGCUAUGGGAGCUUUCCUAGUUCUCACCUGGUCACUUUCUACGGCUUUCUCCCGCGAGAUAUGCACCGGAACCCGUAUGACGUCAUCCCUCUGGGUAUAUACUCCUGCUCUUUCCUUAUUCGGGUGUCUGAAUCGAUGGGUAAGUGCCCAAGGAAUGUCUUCUUCUUCCCUGUGCCUGUCGUAGAUUUUGAGGAUCUUGUGGACAAGGAGGGCGACCAAGGGCCCGGAGUUGACGGCGGCUGGUCAACCCACAUGGUCCGCGGCACGUGGUUGUCCAAGAGCAAGGCCCCCCCCAACUACGGACUGCCGCCGCCGCUGCUGGAUCAUCUCCGAUCAGUUCUCAGAGCCGAGGUCAACGGUGAAACCGAGAGGGCGGUCCUUGAAGCGGCCCUGUCCAUAUUUAGUCCUAUGUUGGAGGGGAUCGGAGCGGACGAUAUAGACAGGUUUUGGGCUUCUUUCGGACGACCCACGUGGCUUGCACACGUGGAAACUGCGCCGCCAUUCCCUUCUCUCCCAUGGUGUCUCUGACGACGCUCUUUCCUCCACAGGGACGGAGCUAGCUGGGACGUGAAGCUGGCCCUGGAUUUCGUUGACUUGCAGAGGAAGAUCAUCUCUUCGGUCGUGGCCUCUUCGUCCCUCGCCCUCCAGUCACUGGGACCUCUAUAG